UUCUCGUAGCCAGUACAUCGGCUGAUGGUACAGUGACUCGAAGUGCUUUGUCUUGCGAUUAGGCUAUAGAAACUCGGAAGAAUUACAUAGGAACGCGAAAUGUAUGCACCAAGGAGUCGUCUCGCUUUCCUGCACAUACUGUGGUUGACUGUACUUCUGUUGUCGGAGGGCCACGGCCAAACUGCCGCACAGCGAUGCCCACCGACCGCUGGCGCCGUUAAUCAAUGUCUUGCCAGCGUCUUAACAGCGCUGAACGUCAUCGGCAAUGCUCGUAGCGAAGGCGAUAUCAGCAUCGAUAAGCUUACCCCGCAGCAACAACGAACUUACGAGGAACUUCAGGAACUUGCGGAUGUUUUGAGGACUGACACCAGCGGCACCGAGAAGAUGAAGUCGUCAGUUGUGAAUGUGAUCGUUUACCUGAUGGCUUAUCGGCGGUGCAUCCUAGAAAGUGGCGAGUUUGCCCCACCCAGCGUUGGCACUACUCUAGCGAUGGUGCCGCUGCCACUUCCUCCUGGACCACCACUUACCUCUCCGUCCAGCAUCAUCACACCUGAUCAGACGACGGUGCUGUUCACUCCCGCGGAUUGUUCGGAGCGGCCGGAGAAGACAUCGGGCGUGUACACCAUCUACCCCAGCGGCGCUGCCGUCCAAGUUUACUGCGACCACACGACGGACGGCGGCGGCUGGACGGUCUUCCUGCGGCGCCAGAAGCAGGAGCCUCAACUCAACUUCAGUCGAACCUUCAAGGAAUACGAAGAAGGAUUCGGCAGUCCCACUGGCGAAUACUGGCUGGGCCUGGAGAACUUGCAUCUCCUGACGACCACGCAACCGCAGGAGCUGCGGGCUGAAAUCGUCCGAGGAGCAGAGCGCACCAGCAGCCGCUACCGGGAGUUCAGAGUGGAAGGCGGUGAUGAGUACACACUGAGGGUCGGCGGCUACGACGCCGAGGGCAUCUCUGCCUUCGAUGCCCUCGCUUACAACGACGGCAUGCAGUUCUCGACCAUCGAUCGUGAUCGUGAUUUAGACGCCGGAAGCUGUUCGGGGUUGAACGGUGGCGGUGGCUGGUGGUACAACAGAUGCUCGCGUGUGAACCCUACAGGCGUGUACGGCGGCGACAGACCUGCCGAGCUUACCCGUGGAAAGUUCUUGUCCUGGGAUACUCACUACCAGGCACACGUCACUCAACUCACCCUCCUGAUCAGACCAAAGGAUUAAUAUGUACAAUAUGUUGGAUCAUGUAGGAUAUGCGCAAGGACAUGCAGGAAGUGCUCCAGGACAUGUAGGAUAUGCGCAAGGACAUGCAGGAAGUGCUCCAGGAUACAUAUGGCAUGCUCUAGGACAUGCAGGAAGUCCAGUAUGACAUGUAGGGCAUGCUCUAGGAUAUGCAGGAAGUCCUGUAGAACAUGCGGGGCAUGCUCUAGUCUACGACAUGCAGGCGGAAGUCAUGUAGGACACGUAGGGCAUGCUCUAGGACAUGCAAAACAUGCUCCAGGACAUUUAGAACAUUCUCAAAGACAUGUAAGACCUGCUUUAGAUCUUGCGGGAAACGCUCUAGGUCUAGGACAAGUAAGACAUGAUCUCGCACACGUAAGACAUGCACGUAAACAUGUAGGACAAGUAAGAAAUGCUUUAUGACUCUUGUGACAUGCUCUAGGAGAUGUAGGAUAUGCUCAUGGUUUGUAGGGAGUGCUCGAGGUCCUAGGACAUGUAUGACACUCUAGAACAUGUAAAAAAUUUAGGAUUUGUAGGACAUCCAUUAAAUAUUUUAGGAUAUGCGGGACUUUUAAGACAUGUUUUGGGACAUUUGGCGGUAUACAUAUAAUGGAUGAAGCUUCAGCUGGCCGGUCUUGUCUUCCAUCGGUUUUAAGAACAUCAGCAUGGACUGCUGCAACGCCUGAAUGUCGUUCACGUGGAAAAUAAUAUCGCGUCGCCCAGGUGAUCUGCUGCAAAUUAAGGCAAACUUUAAUAAUGGCUGCUGAAAUAUGCCGAGACUAGUUGAGCAUAAAUGUUUAUAUAUCCUAAAUUCAAAAAUUAAAUUACCAAAUUAUAUCCUAAAGAUUACCUUCAGUGAUAUGUCCGCUAACGAAACCAAUAGCCAAGUGACAUUUGAUGAGUAAAUCAGUAAUGUGAUUAGGCAAGUAAUAAUAGCCCAUGAGAUAAGUUAAAGAAUUAAUAUAGGCCUGCAAUUGUUAAUAUAAUUAGGGAAUUUAAUUGACCAGGCUUAUCUUAAUUGAGUGAAUACAGAAUAAGCAUGUAGAUGAGAAUUUGCAGAAAAAAUUUAUUUGAAAUUUAAAAGAAUUAUUAGUAGAAAAAACGAGGGUUGUCACUAUAUAGAUUAUCUUUGAGUGUUCUAGCUGAAACUUCAAGGUUGUGAAAGAAAGCUAUUUCUUUCUUAAAUUGUUGAUAAACUUGUAAAAUUCAAUUUGUUGACUUCACAUCGCUAGAUUUUGCUAAAGGGAUGACAAAUUAGUGUAAUAUUUUUAAUACAAUUACAUUAUCAUUCUUAAACAGAACAAAACAUUCUUAAACAAAACUCUUAAACUUAAUUUUUCCCUGCAUAUAUCUGAUAGCUCUUUAUGGGAACCAAUAGGUGCCAUGUAGGCCAGUGAUUUCUUAUUUUUCUUCCCUGGCAACCAAUUUUUCGUGGCUCAUUAGCAUGUGUCGGAUGAUAAGAUUGGACGUCCCUUCUACACAAGUGUUUUGUGGUGUACAACCUCAUGUCUAGAAGUAAGUUCGGUCGGAGUGAAACAUUUUGAAGAAUAGGCCUGAGUGUAAUAAUAUGAGAAGUAGAAUAACGAA